UUUCAGUUUAUAAUUAGACAGCAAGGAAUUUCCUUUUACCAGUUUAAAAAGUAUUUUAAAAAUUGUUUGCCGUUAUGUAUUUAUGAAUUUAUACAAAUAUAUCUUUCUUAACCAAGCUCUUACAACGAUAAUCAAGUGUAUGUUAGAGAUGAAGAAUUUACACUGAAGCCUAUGAAGAUGACACACCUGGGGGAUUUCAAAGCAAUAUUACUAGACAUUGAUGCACAUCUUGAUUCCAAAGACCUGGAGCUUUUGAAAUUUCUAUGUAAAGACGUUGUUUCGUUUAGUGUGCUUGGUAAAUGCCAAAGAUGUUUAGAUGUGUUUGCCAAUCUGGAACAGAAAGGGAAAUUGAAAGAAGAGAACUCUAAAUAUUUACAAGAAUGUUUUCACUACAUGCAGAGGAAGGACUUAAUUAGAAAAUUAGGUGGAGAUCCACAGCAGCUGGAGAAUAGAAUUAGAGCUAAUGGACCAAACUAUCUUACCGAAUUUAGAAUUCUGCUGUUUGAUAUUGCUGAAGAUUGUGGAAAAGAUGAACUAGAGAAAAUGAAAUUCUAUUCAAGAACAAGUUUACAUUUGCCCAAAAAAAUGGUUGACAAAGUGAGAAGUUGUUUAGAUUUGUUCAAUGUUCUGGAAAAGGAGGAAAAAAUUACAAAAAUUGAUGUGAAUACACUGGAACAGCUGAUUAAAACAACAGGGGAUGAAGAAUUGCUGGAGAGCGUGUACCAAUACAAGAAUAGAAACUUAGUGGCUUCUCCGACAGAUGAGAUGAAAGUAGAACCUGGUAUGAAACUGGAUCUGCACAUCAACCACUUUUCAAACACCACUGCAGCAGUGACCCCACAGGCACACCAAGGACCAGAGCAUAACCUAGCUGUCCAGACAGAAGGAAGCAAUCCACAAAUGGAUGCCUAUCCCUCAUUGACCUCCAUGAACCCUCCAGCACAGGAUGCCAUGGAUACCAUCAUGCCUCGGCAACAGUCUCCAGCCCAGUCUUCAGAAGAAAACCUUGACUCUCAUGAUGAUAUGUUUCACUAUUACAAAAUGACGUCAAAACCCAGAGGAUACUGUGUGAUCAUUAACAACCAGAUAUUUCAUGGAAACUUAGGAGAAAGGAAAGGGACAGAUAUCGAUGAAGAAAAAUUAAAAGAUGUUUUUGGCAACCACCUGGAAUUUAAGGUUGAGGUAUACCGAAAUGCUACCAGUGAGGAAAUCAUGAGAGUCUGCCAGGCAUAUUCCCGGAAAGACCACAGACAGUUUGACUGCCUGGUCUUCUGUAUUUUGUCGCACGGAACGACGGGUGCAGUGUACGGCACAGAUAGCAACAGCGUACGGAUCAAAGACAUCACAGCAUGCUUCACUGCAUCGCGCUGUCCUUCUCUGGCAGAAAAACCCAAACUCUUCUUUUUUCAGGCAUGCCAAGGACUUUCCCACCAGUCUGGCCUACAAACCAUUGGAACCACAAGGAAUGUCGACCCAAACACACAGAUGGACGCGACGCAGGAACCACCGAGAUCCGAGGUAAAUCCCAAUGAGGAUCGGACAUCUUCGGCCCACAAGAUGAUCCCGGAUGAGUCAGACUUCCUCCUGGGCUAUGCUACAGUCCCAGGGUAUGUGUCCUACAGGAGUAGAUCACAAGGAUCAUUCUACAUCAACAUCCUGGCAGAGAAGUUGAAGAAGUACGCCCUGGGUCCUAGGGGUCAUGACCUGGUGUCCAUUUUAGUCAGCGUCAAUCAGGCAGUGAGUGAACUUCACUACAGCAAUGAAGAUGGACACAUGUUUAAACAAGUCCCCGCCCCUCAGUUUACCCUGCGCAGGAGAGUUCAGUUUGAUAAGUGUUAGCCAGAGGAAAAGAGACAGAGGAAGGGUCCUGUUUUGACCCCCCCCUUCCCCAGGUUAAAUGAGAGAUUAAAAUGUUUGUGCAUAAGACUGGUACAAAAUCUCUUAUAUUUUGUUGUUCCAAUCAAGAUUAUGGUUUUGCGUAUACCUUGCACUACAUAUUGCAGAAAAAAUUUUUAGACACAAAUUUUUUUACUUGUAAAUAAAAUAUGAUUUAUCAAGUCUAAAAACACUGGUAUUAAUUUCUAUUUGAAUUCAUAUGUCUUAUGCAACUAACUUAAAUAAAAUUUACAUGUAUCGUGUGAGGACUGUUAUAUUGAUAAUUUUUUGCAAUAUUUCAACAUUUUUUGGAAUGAGAGAGCUGACUUAAACAGGCAUAUAUUAUUUAAUAAUUAAAUGUAAUAAUUAUUGAUUACCCCAUAAAAAUUUAGA